UUUUUGUUUGUUUGUUUUUUGGAUUACCCCUGAGAUCAAUUAUUUUCUCUUGGAUCCUUAUAUAGGCUCUGCUUCUAGAGAUACUCAGUGAAGUAACUGUGACUGUUCUUACUGACAGCUUGAUACAACUGAGAAUCACCUGGAAAGAGAGUCUGAAUGAGGGAUUCUCUGCAUAGCGUUGGCCUGUGGGCAUGUCUCUGGGAAACUGGCUGAAUUCAUGUAUGGACAAAGACUCAGCCCACUGUUGGCAGCACCAUUCCCCAGGUGAGGGGUCCUGAACUGUGCAAGAAUGGAGAGACCAAGCCAAACUCAAGCAAGGAAACAGGCUCCCGAGAAGCAGCAGGACAAUGGGACCUGGCUGGUGACAGAGUUCGUGCUGGUGGGAUUCUCCAACCUCCCAGAACUGAGGUCCACUCUCUUCACCUUGUUCCUCCUCACCUACCUGGUCACACUCAGUGGCAACGCCACCAUCAUCACCAUCAUCCAGGUGGACCGCACCCUCCACACUCCCAUGUACCGCUUCCUGGCUGUGCUCUCCCUCUCUGAGACCUGCUACACCCUGGUCACCAUCCCCAACAUGCUGGCCCAUCUGCUGAUGGAGAGCCAGGCCAUCUCCAUCGCGGCCUGUCGGGCCCAGAUGUUCUUCUUUUUGGUCUUGGGAUGCAAUAACUGUUUCCUGCUUACACUGAUGGGCUAUGACAGGUAUGUGGCCAUCUGCCAUCCCUUGCGCUACUCUAUGAUCAUGAGACCCGCCGUUUGCCUGUAUAUGGGAAUUCUGAUUUUCUGCUCUGGUUUCUCGGUGGCCUUGGUCGAAACCUGUAUGAUCUUCUCCUCGCCCUUCUGCGGCACAGGCCGCGUGGAACACUUCUUCUGUGACAUCGCGCCUGUGCUGAAGCUCAGCUGUGCAGAGAGCACGCACAAAGCGCUUGGCAUCUUCUUCCUGAGCAUCCUGGUGGUGCUGUUCUCCUUCCUCCUCAUCCUCCUCUCCUACGCCUUCAUCGUGGCAGCCAUCGUGAGGAUCCCUUCAGCCGCGGGAAGGCGCAAAGCCUUCUCCACCUGCGCGGCCCACCUCACUGUGGUCAUAGUGCAUUUUGGCUGUGCCUCCAUCAUCUACCUGCGGCCAGACUCUGGGGCCAAUCCCUCCCAGGACCGCCUGGUGGCGGUGUUCUACACGGUGGUGACGCCGUUGCUGAACCCUGUGGUCUACACCCUGAGGAACAAGGAGGUGAGGGUGGCCCUGAAGAAGAACCUGGCGCGGGGCUGCGGGCUCUGCUUGCGUUAAUGAGUUCCUUUCCUAAAGUGGAUAUCCCCGCCUAGAAAA